GUGCCGGGGGUAGGCCCGCGGUGCGCGGGUUCGCCUCAGACCGGUUGGCGCUGGGGGUCCUCGGAGGGGCCAGCUCGGGGUCCCUGCGCUCGCCGGGUAGUGCUCGGUGCCGGGGUGCGGGGAAGGCUGCCGGCCCUGGGCUCCGCCCGGCGCCCCUGCUGCGCACUGCCGUUUACUCGCUGUUGGUGCUGCUCAGAACCACAACGUGCAGCGCAUCAUUGAGGGUUUCAGGAGGAUACGGCGGAACUGGGACUGAAUGAGAGCAGACACCAGCCCUCGAGCUGGGAGGUGGGGUUGCAGCAGGCAGAUGAGGGAGGAAACAAGAAGCUUUGCCUUAAUGUGAGGAAGAACUUCUUUGUGCUGGGAGUGGCAGAGCACUGGAGCAGGCUGGCCAGGGAGGUUAUGGAAUCUCCCUCUCUGGAGACAUUCUGAAUCCACCUGGAGACAUUCCUGUGUAACCUGCUGUGGGUGGCCCUGCCUUGGCAAAGAGUGCUGAGCAGCCAUGGAGAGGAUGGAGCAGGUCAUUGGGCGGGCAAGAGCUGCCUUCAACUCGGGCCGGAGCCGUGCGCUGGAGUUCAGGAUGCAGCAACUGAAGGCCCUGAAGCUGAUGGUGCAGGAGAAGGAGAAGGACAUCCUGGCAGCCAUCAGUGCAGAUCUGCACAAGAGUAAGCCCAAUGCAUACUCCCAUGAGAUCCUGAGCCUGCUGGCGGAGCUGGCCCUGGUCAUGGACAAGCUGAAGUCGUGGGCAGCCCCUCAGCCUGUGAAGAAGAACUUGCUGAUGAUGCGGGAUGAAGCCUACAUCUGCCCCGAGCCUCUGGGAGUGGUGCUGAUCAUUGGGGCCUGGAACUACCCCUUUGCCCUGGUCAUCCAGCCUUUAAUCGGGGCCAUCGCAGCAGGUAAUGCCGUGGUGGUGAAGCCGUCGGAGGUCAGCGAGAACACGUCUCAGUUGCUGGCUGAUCUUCUUCCCCAGUACCUUGACCCGGAGCUGUACCCUGUGGUCACCGGGGGAGUGUCCGAGACAACAGAGCUGCUGACCCAGAGAUUCGAUCAUAUCCUCUACACUGGCAACUCCACAGUGGGCAAAAUUGUGAUGGCAGCAGCCGCCAAGCACCUGACACCCGUCACCCUGGAGCUGGGUGGGAAGAGCCCCUGCUACAUCGACACGGACUGUGACCUGGCUGUCGCCUGCAGGCGGAUAACAUGGGGGAAGUACAUGAACUGUGGGCAAACCUGUAUCGCCCCAGACUACAUCCUCUGCAACCCAUCCAUCCAGAGCAGCGUGGUGGAGAACAUCAGGGCAACUCUGCAGGAAUUCUAUGGGGAAGAUGUGAAGUCAUCUCCGGAUUAUGAAAGGAUCAUCAAUAAGCGCCACUUCAAGAGGAUUGUGAGCCUGAUGGAAGGGCAGAAGAUUGCUCAUGGGGGAGAGGUUGAUGAGGCCUCCUGCUUCAUAGCACCAACUAUCCUGACUGACGUUUCUCCGGAAUCAAAGGUGAUGGAGGAGGAAAUCUUUGGACCAGUCCUCCCCAUUCUGACUGUGAAGAAUGUAGAUGAAGCCAUUGAGUUCAUCAACCGUCGGGAGAAGCCCCUUGCCCUGUAUGUCUUCUCCAACAACAAGAAGUUAAUCAAAAGAGUCAUUUCAGGAACCUCCAGUGGGGGUGUUACUGCAAACGAUGUCAUGAUGCAUUACCUGCUCUCAACCUUACCCUUCGGUGGAGUUGGUAAUAGUGGGAUGGGCGCCUACCACGGCAAGUACAGCUUUGAGACCUUCUCCCACCACCGCUCCUGCUUGAUCAAGGACCUGAAGAUGGAGAGUACAAACAAACUCCGGUACCCACCUGGCAGCCAGAAGAAGGUGGAUUGGGCCAAGUUCUUCCUCUUGAAAAGGCUUAACAAAGGCCGAAUAGGACUGGUCGUCUUGGUCCUGCUGGGGAUUGUGGCAGCGCUGGUACUAAAGAAUCACCAGUCUGUGCUGAAGAGAAAAGCCCUCUUGAUUGUGCUGGCUGUUCAGAGGCUGGGCUGGCUCAGUGUGUGAUAAGGAGGAGCAGGUUUCAGAGCACUGCUGUGGCUGUCACAGUGAGAUGGUUUACUACUGAGGAGAGGAGAAGGCACCAUGUCCAAGUCAUACUCUGAGUGCUCACUUUGUAUCUGUCUCCUUAAUCUGAGAAGUCCUUUUCUUUUCUGCUGGGUUAUUUCAGUGAGGCAUGGAGCACACAGAGUAGGCUCAGCGAGGCACUAACCAAGAGAAGGCUUGGAUUCCUGUUUACUAAAAACCAGUGCUGCACCAGAUGGGCAAGGAAUACAGGCUCUCAAAAGGAGGACUGCAGAGCAAGAAAUACCAGUCCCUACUUCCACCCUUGCCAUGCAGAGCUUCCAGGAAUAUGCACAGCGUGUCUUGCACCAAACCGCUUACGUUCCUUCAGUGACAAACAGGAGCUUGAGUUUCAGCUGUGAUGGGUUGAUGAUAUUUUCCCUGGGAUUUUUUGGGAUUGUCUGUCUUCUGUUGUGUUCUGAACUACUACCAGCUUGGUGAUGAGUCCAAGACAGGCUGUGCUGGCUGAUGCAUUUGACCAAUGGUUAUGAAUAAACCUGAGCUUCCCCUCACUGUUCAAUUGAAGUGAAAUAUUCAUGAUCUCUGCAAACCAGAAUCCUCCACAGCAGGUAUUACAAAGAUGAUACUUGCACUGCCUGUAUUUCACUGUAUCGUAUGCUCCUACAAAAGAACUUUGAGGCCUUAGAGAAGUUUAGAGAAGUGGGAAUUGCAAAGUGCCCUGUUUAUAGAAGGUGAAUUUAAAACUUAUCAUUAAAUGCAAUAUAUAGAGUAGAAAAUUACUGUGCAAUAGGUUGGAUUUCUUCAUGGCUGGUGGAAAUCCAUGUGCUAAGCCUUUUUAAUGAUCUAUUUUGCAAGUACUAAAUAAACACUUAUAAU